AUGGACCAUGAGAGGGGCAUGAUGGGAAGCCGGCAACGGUAUGAGGAAGAGGAAGACCACCAGUCCAUCUACAUCGGAGUGCCCAUGCCCCGCGGCUACAGACGCAAGCGGCGGCGGAGACGCUCCAUGUCCAGCCGGGACUCCGGGGAGGUGGAGCGGGAUCGGGACCGGGACCGGGAGAGCCAGAGGGAGCGGCGCUAUGAGCACCACCAGCACCAGCACCAGGACCGCUACGACAUGGAGGCCGGCGGCCUGGACCCGCAGGACCACAGCCUGCAGUCGGACAUUGCCAGGACCAUGUCCCCUGCAGCAGAGCGUCUUCGCUACAUCCUGGGCGAUGACGAUGACAUGCCCAAUCCCACACUCUUCACCGAGAUGGACACGCUGCAGCAUGAGGGCGAUGAACUGGAGUGGAAGGAAUCGGCCAGGUGGGUGAAGUUUGAGGAGAAGGUGGAGGAAGGUGGAGAGAGAUGGAGCAAGCCCCACGUGUCCACGCUGUCCCUGCACAGCCUCUUCGAGCUGCGUACCUGUCUGCAAACAGGCGCUGUGCUGCUCGACCUGGAUGGCUACUCUCUACCGCAGAUCGUGGAUGACAUUAUCGAGAGACAGAUUGAGGAGGGAGUAAUUGGUCCAGAGCUGCGAGACAAGAUCAGCUUCGUGCUGCUGAGGAAGCACAGGCACCAGACCAAGAAGCCCAUCCACCGCUCCUUCGCAGACAUCGGCAAAUCGGGCGGCGGGAGCACUGACCGCAGUCCUAACCGUGCUCCUCCCCCACCGCCAAACUUCAACCGCUCCACCGAAGACCUGCGCUCCAAGCAGGGGGCCGGCUACGGACGUCUACGUCACGCCCAGAGCCGUAGCAUGAAUGAUAUUGCUGACACACCCAGCAACGACCAGCUGAGGAAUAAAUUCAUAAAGAAGAUCCCCAGAGAUGCUGAGGCGUCCAACGUCCUGAUCGGCGAGGUUGAUUUCCUGGACAAACCCUUCGUGGCCUUCGUGCGGCUGGCUCAGGCGACCACGCUCGGAGGGCUCACAGAGGUCCCUGUACCAACCAGGUUCUUAUUUGUCCUGCUGGGGCCGUCUGGUAAAGCCAAGUCCUAUAAUGAGAUAGGCCGAGCCAUCGCCACCCUCAUGGUCGAUGACCUCUUCAGUGAUGUUGCAUACAAAGCCAGGGAUCGCGAGGAUCUCAUCGCUGGCAUCGACGAGUUCUUGGACGAGGUCAUCGUUCUGCCACCGGGGGAGUGGGACCCCAAGAUACGCAUCGAGCCCCCCAAAAAAGUGCCCUCCGCUGACAAGAGGAAGUCAGUGUUCUCCCUGAACGAACUGGGCCAGAUGAAUGGAGCGGCGGGCGGGGGAGGGGCCCACGGUGACGAUGAGGAGAUGCCAGUAGCACACGAGCUGGGAGAGGAGCUGGCCUUCACUGGCAGGUUCUGCGGUGGUCUGUUCUUGGACAUCAAGCGGAAGCUGCCCUUCUACCCGAGUGACUUCUACGAGGGUUUCCACAUCCAAUCCAUCUCCGCCAUCCUCUUCAUCUACCUGGGCUGCAUCACCAACGCCAUCACCUUCGGCGGUCUCCUGGGAGACGCCACGGAUAACUACCAGGGGGUGAUGGAGAGUUUCCUGGGUACGGCUCUGGCAGGGACGACCUUCUGCGUCUUCAGUGGCCAACCCCUCAUCAUCCUCAGCUCCACCGGGCCCAUCCUCAUCUUCGAGAAGCUGCUCUACGAGUUCAGCAAGAGUAACGGCAUUGACUACAUGGAGCUGCGUCUGUGGAUCGGCAUGCACUCGUGCCUCCAGUGCUUCAUCCUGGUCGCCACGGACGCCAGCUACAUCAUCAAGUACAUGACGCGCUUCACCGAGGAGGGCUUCUCCAGCCUCAUCUCCUUCAUCUUCAUCUCCGACGCCAUCAAGAAGAUGGUGGGCGCCUUCAAGUACUACCCCAUCAACACCGACUUCAAGCCCGACUACGUCACCUCCUACAAGUGCGAGUGCAUCGCCCCGGACCCCGUGGCUUCAAUGAUGUUUGCUGCUGUAGUGCCAGUGCCAGACAACACUUCUGCUCUGUUUGGGUUAAACAUUACAGCUCUGGACUGGACUCAGCUGAGCAAGAAGGAGUGUGUGAAGUACGGGGGCACUUUGGUGGGUAAAUCCUGCAAGUACGUGCCCGACCUGGCCCUCAUGUCCUUCAUCCUCUUCUUCGGCACCUACUCCAUGACCGUGUCGCUCAAGAAGUUCAAGUUCAGUCGCUACUUCCCCACCAGGCUUCGGAAACUCAUCAGUGACUUCUCCAUCUUCAUGUCAAUCAUGACAUUUGUGGGACUCGAUAUGCUGCUGGGUCUUAAGACCCCCAAACUAAUUGUGCCCACUGAGUUCAAGCCCACGCGUCCAGACCGAGGCUGGAUUGUGUUACCAUUUGGGAAGAACCCCUGGUGGGUGUACGUGGCCAGUUUCGUUCCAGCGUUGCUCGUCACCAUCCUCAUUUUCAUGGACCAGCAGAUCAGUGCCGUCAUUGUCAAUCGAAAGGAGAACAAACUUAAGAAAGGCUGUGGGUACCACCUGGACCUGCUGUGGGUGGGUAUCCUGAUGGCAGCCUGCUCCUUUAUGGGGCUGCCCUGGUACGUAGCCGCCACCGUCAUCUCCAUCGCCCACAUCGACUCCCUCAAGAUGGAGAGCGAGUCCAGCGCACCGGGAGAGGCGCCACAGUUCCUCGGAGUCAGAGAGCAGAGAGUGACAGGCAUUCUUGUGUUUGUCCUCACUGGAGUGUCCAUCUUUCUGGCUCCUAUACUUCAGUUCAUCCCCAUGCCAGUGCUGUAUGGGGUCUUCCUCUACAUGGGUGUUGCAUCUCUCAGUGGAAUCCAGUUUUGGGACCGGAUCAAGUUGUUCAUGAUGCCCUCCAAGCACCAGCCGGACUUCUCCUACCUGCGGCACGUGCCCCUGAGGAAGGUGCACCUCUUCACCUUCAUCCAGAUCCUGUGCCUGGUGGUGCUGUGGGUGCUUAAGUCCACCUUCCUGGCCAUCAUCUUCCCCGUCAUGAUUUUAGGCCUGAUGGUGGUGCGUAAAAUGAUGGACAUGGUGUUCUCGCGGCACGAUUUAGCCUGGAUUGAUGACCUCUUGCCUGAGAAAGAGAAGAAGAAGAAAGAUGACGAGAAGAAGAUGGUGUUGAAGGACAAGAAGAAGUCCAGGCCGGACGACAGCGAGGACGAGGACAAAUACCACCCGUACUCCAACUGCUCUCCCUCCGAGUCUGAACAGGACCGCAGCAUCACGCUGCACUUGAAGAUCUCUUGCCCAUCGUCGCCAGCGAUGCCCAUGAGUCGCGGCAUGUCCUGCCCCGUGCCCCAGGUCAAGAUUGAAAUGGAGUCCGACUACGACACUGACACAGACAUGCGGCACCGGGACUUGAGCAGCGAGACCACGCUGUAGAGAUGGACGUUGAACUGAAUUGAAGUGAACUGUCGCACCAGUGCGCGCGCCCCUCGUCUACUCCCACCAAAGUGCAAACAGGACACGCCAAAUGAAAUAAUCACUUUUGG